UGUCAGAUAAUUUAUGGAGGGAAAUCGAACUAUUCCAUCAACCGUCUUUUAGAGUUAGGUGUUGUUUACAUUGUGCUUGGACCUUUAAAUUUUUAAAUUGUUGAUAUUUAAUUACGUAUAUUUUAAUAACAUGGCUCAACCUUCAGUUGCAUGUUUUUUUAAUGCAAGAAAACGGUCAGCAGCCGAAGAUAUUAAAAUAAAUCGUGCAAAAAAAGUGUUAUUACUGGACAAUGAAGACUCCUGUGGUGAGUUGGCUGAAAAUGAUAAAAUAAAUGUAGUUAAUGCAGAGAGUGUUAUAAAAGAUGUAUUAUGUCUUCAACAAUCGAAUGAAUUACAAGAAAAGGAAAAAAAUUAUCAAUCUAAUAAAAUUGUGAAUAACAGAAUUGCUAAUAGAGUACAAAAUAAAAAAGUUAUUGCUGUAAGAAAUAAAAACUUGAAAUCGACUUGCAAACAACCAGAUAUUCAAAAUUUUUUUAAUAAAAUGAAAAACGAUUCAAAAAAAGUAAUUGAAACGACCGUAACCGCUAUUAAUGAAGAGAAAUCUCACGUCACACCACCUAGGACUCCAACAAAAAAUAUAAACGCGUUAGAUAAAGUCGGAGAAAAACCAGAGGGGCCUUCAUUGAAAGAAAUUAAACGAAAAUUGACAAGAAGCGCUCGCUUAGCUGAAUUGAAAGCCUCAAUAUCCAGAUUUCAAGAAAAUUCUAAUAAAUUAAAAGAUAUUGAGACAAAGACAUCUCAGAUUCCAGAGUCUCCCAAAUUGAAGACUUUCAAAACAAUUGAGUUGGAAGUAGAAAGCAGCCCCCAGAAAGUAUUCUCCCCCGAAAAGCAGUACCUGAGUCCUAAAAAAGACCUUGGCGCUCGACGGAAUCUAUUCAACCUACAGAGCCCCACCAAAAAUGCCGUUUCUCUUCGAACAGAAAGUCACGCCAAACAAAUAUUGGAAGAUACUUCAAAACCAUCACUUACACUACCCUACAAAUAUAGGUAUAUAGCGGAGAUGUUCCGUUCUAUAGACGUAGUCUGUCAAAUUAUGUUCAACAGAAAGGAAACAAUCACAUUUAGAAAAUUGAAACCCGCCGUCGAAGAAAUGAUGAAGAGAAAUUUGUUGGAAAAACAUUUGGCGCAAAUCAAAGAAGUUUAUCCCGGAGCUUUCAAAAUUUCGCAGGAAAAGUUGAAGGUCUUUGGAACCGGAAUGAAAACGGAACAAUGGGAGCUACUAGUAGUACCCAAUAUUGGAAACGUCGAUCACAUGACAUCCGAAAUCCUCCUACAAAGAAGACGUACCCUAUUCAACAUUUUAAUCGAUAAAGUUAAACAUUACCACGAAGAAUUCUUACUGUCUUUGGUACCACCGAUGGUUGUGAAUAAAAACAGCAUUUCCAGAUGGCAUCCUGCUUUUGAUAUAGAGAAAGUACCAGAUAUCGAAUGUAGUCCAUUGCCUCAACCUCCGGUCGAAGAUAAACUUUCAACUGGAAAAGACGUAUUGGACAAAGCUAUGCAAAUGUUUAAUUGCAAUAGUAGGAUGGAACAAGCUUUGAAAAAAUUAAAGGAAAUGAAAAAUGCGCAGGCUAAUAUGGAAGAAAAGAAGGAGGAAGUACUACCAGCUUCAGUAUUGAAAGGUAUACCUAAAGCCCUAUUGGAAAAGGUACGACAAAAACAGGCAGCGAAGGCGUUACUAUCUAUGACAAGAUCAGAAGAUAAAGAAAAAGAAUUAAAAACGUAUUCGCGUCUACCUGAAUUGGCUCGUUUAACCCGAAACGUUUUCGUAUCUGAAAAAAAGAGCGUUUUGCCAUUAGAUGUCGUUGUUGAUAAAUUGGGUAAUUGUUAUAGAUCACAUCUGACCAAAGUCGAAAUGGAGGAGCAUCUUAGAAUUAUUUCUAAAGAGUUUCCGUCUUGGUUGGUGUUUCACGUCGUUAGGAACGCGGUUUAUUUGAAGAUAUCCAAAAGUGAUGAUUUAAGUUUGAUCAUACAGAAACUGGAAGAUUUAGUUAAGCAAAAAAGUGAAAUUUAAUAUAAAAUUUUUGAUAACUCGACUGAUAUUUUUGAGUGUAUUUUAUUUAUUAUUAAAAUAAUUGGGUUUUUUCAUUUCAUUUUGGUAAGUACAAAGUACUUGUACUGUAAAAUAAAUAAUAGAAUGAAUAAUUUGUGUUUGGACUUACAAUUUACCCCUUUACUAUACAAGAUGGUCGAUUUAUUCGACAAACCCUCCUUAUAUCUCUUAUUAUAACCUACACCAUUAUUGUAAUUGUUUUUCAAAUGAAACACCCCAUAUUUGAAAAGUUAUACGUAAUUAUAAACAAACUAUUA